AUGGCACCAAAUUCAGUUACAAUUUCAACUGACAAAGCCAAUGAAUUUUAUGAUUCUUCUCAGAUUAGUAGUACAAGGAAUCCUUUUGCAACAGUUUCCGGUAAAGAUGGUGAUAUACAACAAUCUAAUCCAUUAAUUGUUGACUUUGCUUCUCUUAAUACAUACAGUGUGAUGUCUGUCUGUUUAACAAAAACUGAAAUUAUUGGAGGAAGUGUUGAUGGAACUGUUCGGAUAUUUGGCAUUCGUAUUGGCAGAGAAAUAUCUUUUAGCUUUGGGCAAUCUGUCAACUGUAUAUCAUUGUCAAAUGAUGGCAACUGCAUCCUAGCCGGUUGCCUAGACUCUACUGUGCGUCUUUUGGACAGAACCACAGAUGCAUCUGUUGUAUCAAAAUUCAGGGCUCAUGCCUCAGUGGUAACAAGUGCACAGACCAGUCUCAGCAAGAAGGUUAAACAACAUGGAAGGGUCAAUUUCAGGCAGAAACCUAACCGUUUUGUGAUUAAAGCCGCCGCUAAAGAUAUCGCCUUUGACCAACAUUCACGCUCCGCUAUGCAAGCCGGAAUUGAUAAACUUGCCGAUGCUGUUGGCCUCACUCUUGGACCCAGAGGGAGGAAUGUUGUGUUGGAUGAGUUUGGAAGUCCUAAGGUAGUUAAUGAUGGUGUGACAAUUGCAAGAGCUAUUGAGCUUCCUGAUCCCAUGGAAAAUGCUGGUGCAGCUCUUAUAAGGGAGGUUGCAAGUAAAACUAAUGACUCUGCUGGUGAUGGGACUACAACGGCUUCGAUUCUGGCUAGGGAAAUUAUUAAGCUUGGACUUCUCAAUGUAACAUCGGGUGCUAAUCCUGUGUCGAUCAAGAAAGGAAUUGAUAAAACUGUGGCGGCUUUGGUGGAAGAGCUUGAGAAGUUGGCUAGGCCUGUUAAAGGUGGAGAUGAUAUAAAAGCUGUUGCUACUAUUUCUGCUGGAAAUGAUGAGUUGAUUGGAAAAAUGAUUGCUGAAGCGAUUGACAAGGUUGGACCCGAUGGUGUUUUAUCCAUUGAGUCUUCUUCCUCGUUUGACACGACAGUUGAAGUUGAAGAAGGAAUGGAGAUUGAUAGAGGAUAUAUCUCCCCUCAGUUUGUAACAAAUCCAGAGAAAUCAAUUGUUGAAUUUGAGAACGCUAGAGUCUUGAUUACCGACCAGAAGAUUUCAGCAAUCAAAGAUAUCAUUCCUCUGCUGGAGAAAACCACUCAAUUGAGAGCCCCCUUGCUUAUCAUUUCUGAAGAUAUCACUGGUGGAGCUUUGGCGACCCUUGUUGUCAAUAAGCUGCGUGGUAUCCUUAAUGUCGCUGCCAUCAAAGCUCCAGGAUUUGGUGAAAGAAGAAAGGCCCUUCUUCAAGACAUUGCUAUAUUGACAGGUGCUGAGUUCCAAGCCAGUGAUCUGGGCCUUCUCGUUGAAAACACCACAAUUGAACAACUUGGUUUGGCCCGGAAGGUGACCAUCUCCAAGGAUUCUACCACUAUUAUUGUCGAUGCUGCAUCAAAGGAUGAGUUGCAAUCCAGGGUUGCACAACUAAAGAAAGAGUUGUCUGAGACAGACUCAAUUUAUGAUUCUGAGAAACUCGCCGAGAGAAUUGCUAAGUUGUCUGGUGGAGUUGCUGUCAUCAAGGUCGGUGCUGCCACAGAGACCGAACUGGAGGAUCCAUCUCCAGAGUUUCCUUCAGUGGAUGAUCAACAAAAAGGUGGUAAGCAAGAAGUUCCAGGAAUGAAAACAGUACAGACAGUUUUGGAGCGAACUGCAACACCUGUGGUCUAUAAUGAUAUGCCUGAUGCCCUCUGUCUUAAGGAUUCUCCAACCGCUGUCCGCAAUGCUACACAAGCUGCCGAUCGCAUACAUCGAGUAUUCAGAAUGCAGUCCUUUCAGAGGAAGCAGUUAACUCAGUAUGAGGAUGAUGAGUUUGGUUUGUUAGAUCAGAGGGUUCUUUCCCUACUAACUUCUAAGUCGUGCAAAUCAGGACAAGGAGAUGGUUUAUUCAAUACUGCUGCAACAACAACACACAAAAAUCAGUCCAAUUCCAAAAAAAGGGAAAACAUAUAUUCAAGUGAGUUACAGCGGUGA